AUGUUUGCGAAGCUUACUCAUUCUAUAUUUAAAAAAAAAAUUGUACUAACUAAACUCCCCCCACAACACUCCACAAAAUCCCCACCAGCACACCAUCCCCAUUACAACAUACUCCUAAAAACUCCACAGCACCUCCCAAAAACCAUACAUAUCACCACCCCACCAUCCUUCAAACAAAAACCAACCAACCAUCCCAAACCCCCAUACACACCACCCACCCCCACACCACCCAUUAUACCCCUCUCCACCCCACUCCAACCCCCCAAUACUCUCCACCCCUCUGCCAAUACUCCCACACCACUCACACACCCAACUUCAACCCUCAUCCCCCAACAAAACCUCACACACCUUUCGAACCAACCAAACACAAACCCCAUGCCACAACUACAAUACCAAGACCCCAAACCCAUCAAACCCAACCCUAACCUAGUCACUGACUUCCUCCCACCAACCGCCAGUACCGCCACCCUCUCCACCGCCCUCCUACCAGUCCAACAACAAAAACACCACAUCCUACCACACACAAGAACAAACACACCUCUCCCACUCCACACUAGUACACCGCCCCACCCAAAACAAACUAUCACCACGCCCAACAGUACAGCCCCUGGCAACACUCAUACCAUCCCCAUAAACCCGCACAACCCAAAACGACAUUAUACAAUCGAACCAAUUUACAAAUUACCUUUAUAA